CCAUUUCCUCUCUGCAUCCGCGGUUGUUCUGCUUUGGGAGCAGCGAGCGUCGGCUGAGCCUGACGCUAUGGAAGAGUAUACGUUUAGGCCGUCCACCGAUAGCCUGGACGACCCGCCGAAUAGCCGCUUGUUCCUGGUAACGAGCAAGUCGAUCGCGGAAGAUGUGAUCCGGGAGCAUUUCGGCAUCUACGGGGAGAUCCAGGAUAUUUGGGUGGUGAAAGACAAACAAACGAAGGAGUCCAAGGGCGUUUCCUUUGUCAAGUUCGCCAAGUCGUCGCAGGCAUGCAAAGCCAUGGAGGAAAUGCACGGGAAGUGCCUCGCCGAGGGAACCAAGCCCAUCAAGGUGUUCAUCGCGCAGUCCAGGGCGUCGGGGAGCCACCGGGACGUAGAGGACGAGGAGCUCACCCGCAUAUUUGUCAUGAUUCCCAAGACCUUUACGGAGGAGGACCUGAAGGAGACGUUUAAGGAGUUUGGUGACAUAGAAUACUGCAUCAUCAUCAAGAACAAAACCACUGGGGAGAGCAAAGGCUUGGGCUACGUCAGAUACCAGCGGCCGUCACAAGCUGCCAUGGCUAUUGAGAAUUGUGACAAGACAUUUAGGGCAAUUCUUGCAGAGCCUAGAAACAAAAGUGUAUCUUCAGAGAACGAGUACUUUGGUAAUUCUCGAGCAGACCAUGGGGUAAAUGAUCCGGGAAUGAGUGCCUACCCCUUUGAUGGCAGUAACUACUCCAUUGGUGAUGUGCGUGGUGCUGACAUCAUCACACGGUGCCUCAUGGUGUCCUCCAGAGCCAGCAUCACACAGGAGCAGUUUUAUGGCCUUUUUGACCUGAUCCCCGGCAUGGAAUACUGUGAGGUGCAGAGGGACCCCUAUGGCUUCAGUAAAGGUCAGGCCAUGAUCCGCUACAAUAACCUGGGCUCGGCCAUUUACGCCAAGGAGAAACUGCAUGGCUUUGAGUACCCCCCUGGGAACCGGCUAGCAGUGUCCUACAUGGAUGACGGGGAGGACCGCUCCAGCCCCAUGGGGAAGAUGGCCAUGCAGCUGGUGGCAGCACAGAUGAUGUCAGUGGUGUGGAGUGGCCCAGCUGGGGCCCAACUGAUGAAAUCUGGCGUGGGCUACCCACCCCCUGCCAUCCCGCAGAUUCCCCGUGUGCAGACUGAUGUGGCCCUGCCCCCCCCUAAGAAGAUGGCGCCCUCCGACAGCCGGGUGAAGGAGCGGCUCUUUGUGGUGUUCAACCCGGCGCCACUUCCUGUCGACGUGUUGGAGGACGUGUUCUGCCGCUUCGGUGCCCUCCUGGAGGUGUACCUGGUCCCAGGCCGUAACGUGGGCUACAUGAAGUACGCUGAACGCAAGAGCGCCACUGAGGCCAUGGCGGCGCUGCACGGCAAGGUGGUCAAUGGUGUGAAGAUGAAGGUCAUGCUAGCUGACCCACCCAAGGAGGAAUCUCAUAAGCGACAGAGGACCUACUGAUGAGACCCCACUGGACGGUGAGUAUGGCGUCAUGUGCUGGUAAGCUGGCUGGGUGUUACCUCACCCUUCUCUUCCUCCUCCUUUUUGUACAGCUCAGCCCCUCACCCCACCGCUCCACACCCCACCCCACCUCACCUUCCCCUCCCAACCAGGUGCAGGGGAGCUGCAGUGCCACCCGGUGGUGUCUUGUGUCUGAAUGGACGGCUGUGACAGGUGCCCUGUAAUUUCAUCGUGUUCAUUAUUAUGGUGGACAGAUGUGACUGCAGUUGUGUGUGCAUGUGGAAUUUAGUGUCUUGGCUGUUUUGAAAUAUUUCUCAAGGUAAGGCUAACAAUUUAGGAGAAUGUUUCUUUGUAGCUCUGUUCGAGUGAGAUAAGUGCAGUUUGCUGGUGGAUGUGUGUAUUAUACACAGGGACUCAAGCUAAAGGGUAAUGUUAAGUGCCGCUUUCCCCCUCAGAGCUGUGCUGCGUGCCUGUACUUUCAUCACAGUGUGUGGGGUCUUCCUCCAGCAGGGGGUGCCUGCGUGCCCCAAGGCUCAUGAAUGAGCAACAGAGACGAGCUUGCUGCGUGCAUCUUUACGGUUUUGUUCUUGUUUCUGCAGAGAGAUAAGUGACAUGACCCUCAGCAUGACUGGACAUAGAGACGGUGACGCAACCGGCUAGCGACCGACAGUGACUGCAUACCUUUGUGUGACACUGCUGCUGACUACAGCCAUUUGUUUGCUAUGAAAGUUUCUCUCUCUCUUUUUUGGAGUCACCAGCAGCAUCCCAACAAGAUGGAAAGUCAUUCUUUCAAAUAAUUUUGGGGACAAACAAGUUAUUUUGUUAUGGAUGUAUUCCUGAUUUUCUGGAAUUAAAAUAUGCUUAAAGAUC